AUGAACCUUCCUGCUCUGCUCACAGACUUGCUCACCAAAUGGAAUCAGGAGGCCUACGUCAUGCCUCGCAUCGAAUUAUUUAUGGUACUCCUCACCCUGCUGUACUACGUGAUGUUCGUGUUGUCUUUUGGUCGUCUUCGGGUUCCACAACUGUUUAACUUCCUCGACGCGGUCUGUGACUCCAUACUGGGGUACGCCAUGGGGGUCAUGCAAGCUGCACCUUUCAAGAACCAGUUGUACCCAAUCUGGGGCCUUGUUCUGGUCAGUUUUCGCUCUUGUGUCAGCUGGAUCUCCAAAUAUGAUGCAUACGUUGAGUUGAGAAAUGUCCUCAAGCUUUUUGCCGUGGCUUACAUGUAUUUAACACAUGGGUCCAAGGCAGGGCGCGUCCCAUUCUGGAUUUUAUGGGGUUUCCUUGUCCUGAAGAGCCUGAAUAGAAUUUUGAGUGGUUAUCUGGUAUCCAAAUCCUUGUGGCAUGGCCAGAGUUCAAAACUUCUUCAGGAGUACAUGGAUGUCUUUACACCUGAUACAAGGUGUAACCCUGAAACAAUGGAAGGAUACACAUAUUUGGUAUACGAGGAGUCAAAGAAAAACAUAAAGAUCAGGAACAGUUCCAUUAUUAGCAGCUCAAGGUCACUGGUUACCUUAGAUAAGAUUUGGGAAUGUGGCGACCCACUGCUACGCCGCCGCAUCAACAAAUGGGGGAACAACGCCAAGGAUAUGUGCUUGGCGUUUGCAUUGUUUCGGCUACUCCGAUGUAGGCUGGAAGGAGCAACACUGCAUGAGGGGGCUGUUUCCACAACCCGAAAGCUUAUAUGCUCGCGGAUUCCCACUGAUACUUGCGAUGAGGAAGCCCUCGUCGAUAAUGCCGAGAAGGCAUUUGGAGUCCUGAGAAUGGAGCUUGCAUUCCUCAGUGCCUACCUCCACACUGGUUUCCCUAUGGUCUUCUGGAAGGGGCUUCUCUCGCUCGCCUUUGCCCUCCUACAAUGUGUUGUGAGGCUGAGCAUGGUUUUGUGGUUGGCGGAAGACUAUUUUAUACAGUGGUUUAAGCCCAAAUUCUUUUUUCAAAAACCAGAAAUUACAAUUACUGGAAUAGCAAUUGGAGUGGUCUUUGCCUUGGACUUUGCGGAAGCUAUGAUGUACAUCUUCUCACGCUGGAUGAUGUUGCUGUGUACAUGCAAGUACGUGAAUGGCAGCAAAAUAUAUAGACACUUCAUUCGUCCCUUGGGAUCUGUUCUAGUGUUGCUUCCGAUGAUAUCAGACAUACAUAUAAACCAGUACAUCUUUCUUCAAUCAUUCAACUACAGUGCGUGGAGGUGGAAACUGGUUCACGCACUUACUAUGGGAGUUGUUGAAAGCAAGAGCGAUGGGACAAAACUCAGUGGUGCCAUCAAACUUCCCCAGAACGUGAAGGUCAAAGUCUUUGAGGCACUCGGCAGGCUCCGCUCCAUGAACCUAGAGGUGCAUCAUCUGCCAAGAGACUUCACUCCACUGCAUGCAGCUGGUGACUCCCCAGAGCGCUACUGGUCGGCUUGCCUUGAGCUACCAACAUGCUCCUGUGCCAUUCUUGUCUUGCACGUUGCAACCAGCCUCUGUCAGAUGAAGCUCACCCAAGACCAUCCCAUGGAGUUGAGCAAAACCGGAUGCUUGCGCUCCUUCCUAGCUAAAUGCCGCCGCCCUUCCAAGCAUUACCUGUUGGAUGAAAAGUCUCUUGAUGGUGAACUCAGGACUAACUAUGAGGUGGCAAAUAGCUUGUCGCGGUACUGUGCAUAUCUGCUUGUGUCCAGGCCUGAUCUGCUGCCUGAUACCAUUUUGGUGUCCAAGGUGCUCAUGGAAAAGGCUGUUGGACAUGCUCGUGAUGUGCUUAAAGACUGUGACGACUCAUGGCAGAGCAUCUACAGCAAGCUCAUGGAAGUGCCACUGAAGGAGCCCUCAGUGCAAGGCAGCCAUCAAAGGAAGCUGAGUGUAAGCAUGGUGGAGGAAGGAGCAAAACUGGCCACGAAGUUGAUUGACCAAGAAAAGAAAGAACAUCGCUGGGAGAUCCUAGCAAAAAUAUGGGUUAGUUUACUUAUACACAUUGCCCCCAGCUCCAAUGCAGAAGCACACACCAAAGAUGUCAAGACCAAACGUGAGUUCAUAAGCCACAUCUGGGCACUGUUUUGCCACUGUGGCAUCGAGAAGAGCGAGCUGUGGCAGGAGUGUGCAGGAUCAAGGAAUGAUUCUCCUGGAUCGUCUCAACAAAACAAUGGUGCUGCUGUUACCGGAGUUUUGCAAACUGCUGCCUCUGCUCCACCUGGCACUCCACCCGAAUGCCAGGCCAGUAGUGUUUUCUGUGAUCUUGAGGGUGGCAAAGACAUACUAAUUAUCGAGACCAGUCCAACCCUGCAGGGAAAAUCUUGA